AUGCUGGCGCCGUGGUUGCUGAGCGUCGGGCCAAAGCUGCUGCUCUGGGGCGGGCUGUGCGCCGUCUCCCUGGCAGGCGCCACCCUCACCCUGAACCUCCUGCAGAUGGUGUUGAGCUACGCGCGGAAAUGGCGUCAGAUGCGUCCCGUCCCGACCAUUGGGGACCCCUACCCCUUGGUGGGACACGCGCUGAUGAUGAAGCCGGACGCAAGAGAUUUUUUUCAGCAGAUAAUUGAUUGCACUGAAGAAUUCCGACACCUGCCGCUGCUGAAACUCUGGCUCGGGCCCAUUCCUCUCGUGGCCCUUUAUAACGCAGAAAAUGUAGAAGUAAUUUUAAACAGUUCAAAGCACAUUGAAAAAUCCUAUAUGUAUAAGUUCUUAGAACCGUGGCUUGGACUAGGACUUCUUACAAGUACUGGAAACAAAUGGCGCUCUAGGAGAAAAAUGUUAACACCCACUUUCCAUUUUACAAUUCUGGAGGAUUUCUUAGAUGUCAUGAAUGAACAAGCAAAUAUAUUGGUUACUAAGCUUGAAAAGCAUGUUAACCGAGAAGCGUUUAACUGCUUUUUUUACGUCACUCUUUGUACCUUAGAUAUAAUCUGUGAAACAGCUAUGGGAAAGAACAUUGGUGCUCAAAGCAAUGAUGAUUCUGAGUAUGUUCGAGCUGUUUAUAGGAUGAGUGAUUCGAUACAUCAGAGAAUGAAGACACCCUGGCUCUGGCUUGACCUUAUAUUCUAUAUGUUUAAAAAUGGACGAGAACACAGAAGGAGCCUAAAGAUUGUACAUGAUUUUACCAACAAUGUCAUCACUGAACGAGCCAAUGAAAUGAAGAGACAUGAAGAAGGUACAUGUAACGACAAGGACAAGGACUUUCCUCCACGCAAAACUAAAUGCAGGGCUUUUCUGGACUUGCUUUUAAAUGUGACUGAUGACCAAGGGAACAAGCUGAGUCAUGAAGAUAUAAGAGAAGAAGUCGACACCUUUAUGUUUGAGGGCCACGAUACAACUGCAGCUGCAAUAAACUGGUCCUUGUAUCUAUUGGGUUCAUAUCCAGAAGUCCAGCAGAAAGUGGACAGUGAACUGGAAGAAGUGUUUGGGAAGUCUGACCGUCCUGUUUCCCUAGAAGACCUGAAGAAACUUAAAUAUCUGGAAUGUGUUAUUAAGGAGAGCCUUCGCCUUUUCCCGUCUGUUCCUUUCUUUGCCCGUAAUCUUACCGAAGACUGUGAAGUUGCGGGUUACAAAAUCGUGCAAGGCUCUCAAGUAAUCAUCGUGCCCUAUGCACUGCAUAGAGAUCCAAAGUACUUCCCGGAUCCUGAGGAAUUCAAGCCAGAGCGGUUCUUUCCCGAGAAUUCGAAAGGACGUCAUGCAUACGCAUAUGUGCCCUUCUCUGCGGGCCCCCGAAACUGUAUAGGUCAGAAGUUCGCCAUAAUGGAAGAAAAAACCAUUCUUUCCUGCAUCCUGAGGCACUUUUGGGUAGAAUCCAACCAAAAAAGAGAAGAACUUGGUCUGGCAGGAGAGCUCAUUCUUCGUCCAAGCAACGGCAUCUGGAUCAAGUUGAAGAGGAGAAACACAGAUGAAUCCUAA